GCAUCCGAUCGAUCCGCCAUCUUGUCUUCUUAUUGUGAUUGUCUCUGAGUCUGAGUUUACGUGUAAGUAAGAAGUUUAAGAUUGCAGUAAUAUGUAGAGAUGGAAAAGUUAGAAGAUUAUGUGGUUGUUGAAUUUAUCAGUGCUCCUAGUGUGGGCACUGUACUGAAAUCUUGGCUUAUAUCUCCUGAAAAAUGUUACUGGCCAGAAGGCAACAUUCGAAAAUUGUUGGCAAAAAAAGAGCCCCCCAACUCAGUGUGGGAAGUGUGGGAUGUUAGAAUCCUAGGAUCUAGCGAUUCUCUUCUAGAUGCCAUCCACAAGGAAAAACUAGCCCAAUCGACCUCUGAUAUUGGGACGGAUAUAGAAGGGGGUAAAAAGAAAAGACGAAUAACGAAGCCUGCACGCAUAUUAAGCAGCAGUAGCGACAGUGAGAAAGAAGAUGAUCUGCCGAUUUUUGAUCCGUCGAGAAAGAAGGCAACGAAAAAAAGUCCACUCAAGAAUAAAUAUUCUCAGGGAAUUCAAAAAAAUAUCCACACACAACAACGUAAUACAUCAUCCAUCCACAACUUCACUUCUGGCCAUCUUACAAAUACUUCACCUCAAAUUCAAAACACACCAUCCACAACAUCACCACAGUACUUAGAAGAUUCAUAUCGGCAGCUCACAUCUCCUCAGCAAAAUCAAUUUGUAAACCAACAUCCAGAAUCUUCACCGUCAUCCACUUCAAAAGGCAGAAAAUCAUUAUUCACACCUCAGAUUAUGUCCCCUAGAUCUACCAUCGACUCUGCGUUGGCAGAUUCCUUGGAGGCACGCCUUAAUAAAAUGCAAAAUCAGAUUGAUACCAUGGAGAGAACUAUGUUACAAACAAAAGUAGAUGUCUCGACAAUCCUGGAAAUGCUUAAAGAAGGGCAAGCCAGGAGACAGCCCGUUGAAGAUAUCUCCACCAUUGAGAAAAUGUUCCCCUUGCAACAAAUUGAAGAUGUCGAUAAUCUAGAACAACUACUCCUGAAUGAUGAAGAAAAGUCAAAGCAAGUCAAAGAAUAUGUGCGCCAAAUUGGGGGGUCCAGCAUUGAGGAUGCCACAAGGAGGGCCUUCAAGAAGCUCUUCACAAAUCAAUUAGCCAGACAAUUCAGCUGGGAAGGAAAGGGGGGGAGAAAGAGAAGCCUUAACCAGCUUAACAUCGUACAAGUAGUUGGACGUGAGAUGCGGAAUGGUCCUUUUAAACAUUUAUUUAAUUUGAAGGCUUUCGAAAAAACAGUAUCAGAAUGGUUUCGGCAAUCUGGCACAAGAAUCUACGUGAAGAACAAAAAUGCUCAACAAAUUACAUAAGGCAUAAGAUUUUAUUGGUUCUUAGUUUUAAGUCCAUUGUUUUUUACGGAGAGUUAAUUUUGUUCAAAGGUUUAUUGCGGACAUUUUCUAUCACAAUGGUAUAAAACAAUACACAAUGGUUUCGUGAUCUAGAAACUGAUCCCGUCCUCAAGUGAAAAAAACCUAUCUUAGGCCUAUCUUAGGUUCCUUCAAUAUUUUAAAUAGGCCUACAAGUCCUUUUGUAAUAGGUAUUUACCAUGGCCUUUCCAAGCCAGACUGUUGCAAUGAUUUUUUGUUUGAUUUUGUCAAUGAAGCAAAUCAAGUUUUGGAAAGUGGUAUUACUUUUCACGAUCAACAUUUCACCAUUGAAAUAUCAGCAUUUACAUGUGACGCACCAGCCAAAGCAUUUAUCAAAAAAAUUAAAAACCAUAAUGGUUACUAUGGCUGCGACAAAUGUGUUACUAAAGGAGUAUAUGUUGAGGGCAGGGUUGUGUUUCCAGAAAAGAAUGCAGAACCUCACAAUGAUGAUAACUUUUACUUACGAGAAAAUGAAAAUCAUCGUGUUGGUAUUUCCAUCUUAGAGCAGAUCAAAGGUAUUAAAAUGGUCACAAAUUUCCCAUACGAUUAUAUGCACUCAAUAUGUUUAGGAGUAGUGAGGAAAUUAAUGCUAUUGUGGAUGAGAGGUAAAUAUCCAGUUCGUUUGGGAAACAAUAUAACAAGUCAGAUUUCCACGAAACUCUUAGAAAUAAAAUCUCUUGUGCCAAAUGAGUUUGUUAGGAAACCUGGGGCUUUGAAGGAGAUAGAUAGCACAGAAAACAUACUAUUAUAACCCAGAAUGCCAACCGCAUGGUAAAAAGCGUUAAGUACUUUGAGAGAGCUUUACCUGUCAAUUUGUAGGCUGCGCCACCAGCCUUGCUAUGCUGAGUGCAUAUAGCAACGCUGGUGGCGCUGCCUACGAAUCGACAGGCAAAGUUCUCUCAAAGUACUUAACGCUUUUUACCAUGCGGUUGGCAUUCUGUGUUAUAGUAGUAUGUUUUCUGUGUAGAUAGGUGGAAAGCCACUGAGUUUAGGCCACUGCUAUUGUACACUGGGCCUUUUGUUUUGAAAGAUUGUUUACCUAAGAAAAACUUUACCCAUUUCCUUGCAUUAAGCUCAGCAAUUAGAAUUAUGGCUAGUCCUCUUUUCAUAGAAACCAAAUUAGAUGUAGCACAUGAUUUGUUAAUUUAUUUCUUUGAUCAUUUCUACAGUCUGUAUGGGGAAGAACAAAUUUCAUACAAUGUUCAUUCAAUAAUUCAUCUGUCAGAGGAUGUUAGAAUUAUGGUGUGGGUAGCCUCCGGAUUGCGAAUAAUAACUAUGAUAGUGGUUUAAAUACCUUAUUAAUGCAAUCCAAUUGUUGUCUCCACAACUAGUUUCAACCUGCUAG